GACGGGCAGCCAGGCUCAGUCCAUGGGCGAGGCCCAGCAGCGGCCAAGGUGCAGCGGCGGCAGUGCGCGUGGGUGCGGCGACGACGUGGAUGCGCCUUGCGCGUAGCCCGUCGAGAUGCUCGUCUGGGAGAGGGCAGCGGCGAGAGAUGGGGGAUCAAGGGGACGCUCGCCGGAUUGAGAUGGCAACGAGGGCUGGAGAGUGGAGCAGCGGAUCUCAGAUCUCAGUCAUCAGCUCCUACUUAGUGCGGCUGCGGCAGUCCUCGUCAAGCUCCAGCCCGUCGCGACAGCAGCUCUCGUCGAGGCUUCACGGUUGGCCUUGACCACUAAAUUGCAUGCACAUCACCCAAGUAGUCCAGGCGACGCUCUCUCCUCAUUUGCUUCUACCUGCAUCGUGCGUCUUGUCUUUGCUCGUUACUGAGGCUGACUGCCUCGACAUGGCCGGCGCAUUACUUAUUUCCCGUUCUUGCGCCUUCCCACUCUCUUCUCCGGGUUCACCAACUUGGGAGACAUCGGUUAAUCUAACCGUGGGCAGACGGGGAUGCAGCACCGUCCAGCACCGUCGCUGUCCCAAACACGACAUGCACAUCUACCCUUCCCUUCCCGUGCCCUCGUCUUCGUCUCCUCCACACGCGACGCGAAAUGAGCCCCCCGAGCAAGAGCCAGCAUGCCAUGAGGAGCGUUGGAGCAGUGACAAAUGAGCAGUGACGGAAGGCGUGACCCACAUCUGCCAA